GUGUUCCCUAAUGUUCCGGCGCCUGGGAUGCCAUGUGCCGGUGAAGACAGGAGCAUAUACAGGAGAGGUGCUCGACGGUGGCGGAAGCUAUAUCGGGUCAAUGGACACAUCUUCCAGGCGAAACGGUUUAACAGACGGGCGUUCUGUGCCUUCUGCCAAGACCGCAUCUGGGGUCUGGGCAGGCAGGGCUUCAAGUGCAUCCAGUGCAAGCUGCUGGUGCACAAGAAGUGCCACAAGCUGGUGCAGAAGCCGUGCUCCAACGAGCACGUGGACCCGGUCGAGGUCAAGGAUGAUGCCAACGGCGAGACGACGCUCGGACGCGCAUCUUCCGUCAGAUCGCGUGCGGAACCUGAGCUGCCUCUACCGGAAACGCCGCCGGCGCCAGCCGCCAGUCUUGUGCCUCGCGAAGACUUGGAACCAGGCUCGCAGCGCCAGUACUCGCUCGAAGACUUCGAGCUUAUCAGGGUCAUCGGCAGAGGAUCCUACGCUAAGGUGCUAAUGGUGGAAUUGAAGCGCACGAAGCGCGUGUACGCGAUGAAAGUGAUCAAGAAGGCCCUAGUGACGGACGACGAAGACAUCGACUGGGUUCAGACUGAGAAGCAUGUUUUCGAAACUGCUUCCAACCACCCCUUCCUUGUGGGGCUGCAUUCCUGCUUCCAGACGCCCAGCCGGCUGUUCUUCGUCAUCGAGUUUGUUAGAGGAGGAGAUCUUAUGUUCCACAUGCAACGGCAACGGCGAUUACCCGAAGAACACGCGCGUUUCUACGCCGCCGAGAUAUCUCUAGCGCUUCACUUCUUACACGAACGUGGCGUAAUCUAUCGAGACCUGAAGCUAGACAACGUACUAUUAGACCACGAGGGACACAUCAAGCUAACCGACUACGGCAUGUGCAAGGAGGGCGUUCGCCCCGGCGACACGACGUCCACAUUCUGCGGCACGCCCAACUACAUAGCGCCGGAGAUCCUGCGCGGCGAGGAGUACGGCUUCUCCGUGGACUGGUGGGCUCUCGGAGUACUCACCUACGAGAUGCUGGCCGGCCGCUCGCCCUUCGACAUCGCGCAGGCGGCCGACAACCCCGACCAGAACACGGAGGACUAUCUGUUCCAAGUGAUUCUAGAGAAGACGAUUCGUAUCCCCCGUUCGUUGUCCGUAAAGGCAGCGUCGGUGCUGAAGGGGUUCCUCAACAAGAACCCCGCCGAGAGGCUCGGCUGCGGGGAGAACGGGUUCAUGGACAUCGUCAGCCAUCCCUUCUUCAAGAGUAUCGAGUGGGAGAUGUUGGAGCAGAAACAAGUGGUGCCUCCGUUCAAGCCGCGGCUGGAGGGCGAGAGAGACCUCGCCAACUUCCCGCCCGAAUUCACCGACGAGCCCGUGCAUCUCACACCGGAUAACGAUACGGUGAUAGCUGACAUUGACCAAUCGGAGUUCGAGGGCUUCGAGUACGUGAACCCGCUGCUGAUGUCGCUCGAGGACUGCGUGUGA